AUGAAUCCAAUGUCCUUAAUUAAUCAAAACAAUAACAGUACUAGACAUAAUAACUAUAAUGGUAAUAAUUAUAAGAUGUCAAUACAUCUGUUGUUAAACGCAAUGGAUGAAGUAAACACAAGUGGACAACAAGUACAACAAGCACAACAGGUACAAAAAAUGCAACAACAGCAAUCGCACAAACUAGUUUUACCCACUGUACUAAUUCCAUCAAUCAAUUCACAUUUUAAACACUGCAAUAGCUAUUUAAAUGAUAAAAUAACAAAAUCAUCUUCUUAUUCCUAUCCUUCCCCACAACAUUUAGAAUUUAAUAAAAAUUCCGAUACGGAAUCAGAGGCUAUUGAAUUUCUUUCAAAAAUAGAUCAUAUAAAUAAUAAUAUUAACAAUGUCUUUCAAAGUUUGAAAAGGCAAAAUUCAAUGAAAUGGUAUCAAUCUUACCACCAAAAUAAUAUACAUGAAUUAAAUCAGUUGAGCCAACGAUUAAUUAAUGUUUGCCAUGAAACCAAAAAAAAAAUCAUGAGUAACAGCAGUAUUGAUAAUAAAAAUUUUAAUCACAUUAAUUCUCUUACAUUACCAUUCACAGUUAAUUAUAAAAAUGGUAAUAAAAACGAUAAUUAUUAUAUUCCAAAAAAAAAGUUGGAGACUGUUCAUUCGGUAAAUGUGGUAACAUCAAAACCAAAUAUUAUUAGUAAUCAAGAUCAUGAUAUAAAUAUACCAAGAGUAAAUCUAUCAACAAAUUUCAAAUUGAAUAACAAAAUGAUUUGCAAGAAGAAAAUUACUCAAAAAGUAGGUAACAACUUUAGUAAUAUUAAAAGAAAUCAUGAAAUGGAUGGGAAACCAUGUUCUCACUGUUUGAGUGUAGAAAAAACGCCUGAAUGGAGAUCAGGUCCUUAUGGUAGUGAACGAAAAAUAUGCAAUGCUUGUGGAUUAUUCUAUAGAAAACUAAAACAAAAGUUUGGUAUCGAGAAAGCCAAUACAAUAAUGGCUUAUAGGAAAUUGAAAUGUGCUACCAAUAGAAGAGUGCCCCCAGACUUUGAUGUCCCAUCAGAAUUUAUGUCAAGACAACAGCAGCAGCAAGAAAGAGAAAAAAAGCAUAUUGAAUCAUGGUAUGUUCAAAAGAAUCAGAGUGAAAGAUCAAGAGAUGCAAAAAAUACACAAUUAGUAUCUCCUGUGGUGACACCUGUUAUCAAGGAUUCAAUGAUACUUUUCAAUUCAAAAGAUUCUUUUUCAAAAAAAAACCCUUUUGCUAAACCAGCAGAGAGCAUUGAAACUGUUUCUAUAGUUGAUAAUUAG